AUGAACCAAGAACUGAUUGACCAAAUUCGGAAAAUCGUAGAGAGGGUACUCGAGGAGCAAGCAUCUACCAUUACGCAAAUUGCAAACGAGAAACGACUACUCGCUAUCUUCGGUGCGACACAACUCGAAUUGGAUAAACCACUCCAGCAGCUCCAUACCUGCAUGCAAGACGGAUGGAAAAUUACAAUAAUUCUAUCUGAUCUCGCAACUAAAGUUGUAAAUCUGGAACCGAUUCAUGCGAUAUUUGGCGAAGAGAAUAUUCUGCAGGAAAAUGACCUAACUGAUAUAUCCGCUUUCGUGGACAGCUACCAGCAGAUCGUACUCCCUGUUUUCUCGCAUCCGAUGGCUGCAAAACUCGCGUUAAGGUUAGUGGACACACCGUGUACCUAUCUUGUGUUUGAAGCACUCUCUAAAGGAAAAACAGUCAUAGCGGUUACCGAUGCCCUUAAUCAAGAUAAGACAUCCGCAAAAAUUAAUGCUAUUGAGGUUGAAUAUGUAAACGUUUUAUCCGAACUUGGCGUUCAAUGGGUACCUAUGAUGCAGAUUGCCGAGUCGAUUAAGAACAGAACAAACGACUCAUCCACCAGUUUGGACAAACCUCUAAUUAGCGCAACGACUAUUUCAAAUCUGGACGCGAAUGUGCAAGAGUUGGUUUAUGCAAAACAAGCGAUUAUUACACCACUUGCCCAUUACGAUUAUUACGCAGACCGACUGAGUCGCGAGCAUCGCAUUGCAAGCGAUGUUGACGAAUGGAUAGAGCGCGGGAAUGCUACGAUCACUGCUAGUCCACGCUUUGAAGACGGUGUUCGACUCACUGCUUGGGCAAAUGACACUCAGAACACGGAGAACACAGACGACUACGAAUUCGCAAUUGCCAGCGCGGUAUAUCUCUUUGAAAUUCCAGCAGGGACACAGUAUAUUGAAGUUUUGGUGCGAUACCGAGGGGAACCGCAUCACUUAGAAAUUGAAGACUACGACGAACCUAUCGCAGGUCGCGCAUGGAUCCGUAAUACCAAGCGCGAGACAACACGCAGCGGUUACUACGACGAAAACGCUAAAGAGACACGAUACGGCGACACUUUUGUCCUUCGAGCGAAAAACCGCUCCGAACACAUUAAAAUUCCUGCAGUCGGUCAUGUCAAAGAUGGAUGGAUGGAACUUCAUAUUGUUGCCGAAGGCGGCGAGCAGAUUGAUGUAGAAUACCUUGAGGUCUCCACGUAUCACAGACAGCCGAAAGUUAGGGUAAUUCAACGCUACACACCGACCUACCGUUGGCGUCCGUGGCAUCGUUACACUUACCUCUACUUUUAUGAUGGUCCCGUCUAUUACGCGACGGACUCCGACCACUAUCUCCGAUGGAGCUAUCCGGUUUACGACCACCACUAUCUCUCAAUCCGUUCGUAUUAUGGAGGGUAUCUCGGACGCUACCGCGGCUACUAUCCAAGUGCUUACUACCGCUACUAUUCACCGUAUUACGGUUCCUACCACAGUUACUACCGUGGACGUGAAUCGCUACAGAAGGCCUACACAGCCGACUACGCCGCUCUACAGACGUUCUUCUUCUUCGUCGAACCGGUCGUUCUCGUCGAGCACAAGCAGCAGCUCGCGCCCGAAGUAUAG